CAGACGCCGUCAAGGUACCAGUUCGUUUGCUCAGCUUUUCUAUGUCUUGUCUACUUUCUAUGCUCUUUCUGUCGUGUCGUCUAUUUUGUGUAUGUCUUCACUCGUCACCUCCAUCGGUGACCCAAUUUGUCCGAGCACUCCAAUGUACUCUACUGAGGAUUACUGUCACAUUCACCUACAACGAUCCAGCAUCAUUAUGCUUCGACCAAGGCAACGACAUCUUCAUCUUCACUCGGGAUGGGAGUAUACCCGUGUACCCCCCCGGGCCAUAUACAGGAACGACUAGCACCCCUGAAAACGACGAUCUGAGUCAGUCGCACGCAACGACUACUACCUCCGAACACGGGGACCUAAGUACGUCGCACGGUGAACCCGACCUACGUACUACCAAUUCGAAGAACGGCACCUCAGACACCUCGAGCUCAUUCAGCACAACGUCGACUUCGUCCAGCACAACGUCGACGUCGACCACAACGACAUCGAUGAAGCCGCCACCGCCAACAAGUGCCCCGUACAAGCCAGGAGACUUUCUUCUGUGUUCCAUCACAUCCGGCAUGGCAGACCAUCUCCCUAAAGAUGGCUUGUGCAACAUCAUCUUCUUUACGCUGCUCACGACUAACACCAGCGUAAUGUUUUCUAGCAACAGUGUAAUUGCGUUCAACCGCAUCAGAAGAUAUGUUGCUGCGUCAAGGAGAACUCAAUGCGGGCUGGACUUCGAGUUCAACACUAUCGGCGAGCACCGAAAUAACAUCGGAAGUUCGUCAACGCUCCAAGCCAUUACAGAGAUCGGUGCGCCCUUGUCCGGCGUCCUCGCUGCCAAAGUGGGAUCAAACUGGGAUGAGCGUAGCGAAGCCACGAGUGUCUUGCUUCACGUGCUGCAGAGCAAACUACAGAGCACGGACGGGCCAGCCAUCAGAGUGACUGCACAAGGCGCGUCCGGCAAAAGGAAAGAUGUCCUUGGAGUCCUUUCACAUCUUUUGAAAGCGGUAAAUCCUAUGUAUGUGGUCUACCGUAGCUCUAUGCUGGUUUCUGAUAAAGGCUGUCAAGUUCGAGCACCCUCGCCGUUGCAUGGCGCCUCGCCGUCAUUUGAGGACGCGUGGCAACUUUUACAAGCGGCCUCAGCAUCAUUAGAACCAACAGCAAAGACGUUCAUGUCUUUCACACCAGCUGUUGCACUCUACGACCUGGAGAAGGGCAUACAUGUAGACCCACCGUGUAGAUCGGUGGAGUACAGCGAUUUUCGAUCUUGGUGCAAAGAGAAAAGAGUCCGCGUUACCGAUUAUGUAUACAGCCUGGCAUGGGACGGUUUUACUGUGAAAGUGGCAGAUGACCUGGGCACCACAAAACAAAAGGUUUGUGCGGCGAGAUCAACUGGUUUUCAAGGACACUGGGCCGUUUUUGCCCUUGAGCGUGCAGACAACUAUAGUUGCGGGCACUCCAAAUUGUCCUAUACGGACAUUCUUCGAAAAAUGGACCAGUGCAGCCGAACAAAAAAAAAAUAUAAUGACCCAAACCCAUACUAGGCUAUCACAUCAUUGACUCACGAACGCCUCAUUACCAUACGUGAACGGCACGAUAUGACACAUACGCAUAUGUUGGCAGGCUCGGAGAGGUGCAGCCCUGUGCUGUGCACACGUAAAAGCAAUAAUGGGCCUUAGUAGGCAAUCCCG